GUUGCUUUGAAAUAUUUAUUAUGUUAAACCAAAUACGCAUCCUUUGUAUGGUACUGAUGUGCUUCGACUACCCGGCAUCUGGACUAUUCUUUCAUAAUCACUUGACCAAUCUUCACGUUUCCAAAAGGCAACACAAUGCCGUGAGCAAUGAUUAUCCUGUUCUUGGUGCCAAAUAUGGUCCUUUUUUCAUGAAAAUGCCAAUGGACCAUUUCGACGAAACAAAUUCAAAAAAUUUUAACAAUAGAUUUUGGGCUAACACAGAUCAUUACAAAUCGAAGGGGCCUCUCAUACUGUAUAAUGUUGGGGAAUCCGCAGCCGAUGAUUCUGCUAUUUUGGUAAUUUAUUCCGCUAUGGCUCAACUAGCUGAAAAACUGAACGGGGUUGUAGUUGUCAUGGAACACAGAUUUUACGGUGCUUCAGGACCAAAUAAUCAUACUAAAGAAGACCUUUUAACUUUCAAUGUAAAGCAGUCAAUUGCUGAUAUGGCGUAUUUGGCAAAACAUAUCAAAUUUCACAACGUGAAUAUUCCCAUGGUUCCUCAAACUAAGGUUAUCGUGUAUGGAUGCAGCUAUAGUGGUGCUUUAGCUGCUUGGGCAAAAGAUACCUAUCCCGAUUUAUUCUUUGCGGCUGUCUCUUCUUCUGCCCCCGUCCAGGCUAAGAUGGACUUUUUCGAGUAUUAUGUCCCGAUUAUGCAGUUCGGUCCUAAGCACUGUAUCCUUGCUUUGCAGAAUGUUAUAACUUAUAUCGAUAGAAUCUUGUUCGCAAAUUCAACAAAAGACAUUUUUGCUUUAAAAAAGAUAUUCAGUGCACAGAAUCUCUUGGAUGAAUCAUUUGCUGAAUGUAAG